AUGUCAAAUCAUUCGACAAAUGAUCUACCUGAGGAAACUGAGAAAGAUUCUCCGUUUUUCGGUAGUUGCAUAGCGAUAAGUCCAGACAGUCGACAAAUUGUUACUUUUAGCCCAAAGACGCUCGAAUUUAAGUUAUAUAAUGUUGAUGAUUUAAAUUCAAGUAAACAUAUUUCUACACUUGAAUCAGGAGUCAAAGGUGAACGUCUUUGCUGGUCCAUAGCAAUAUCCAAUUGUGUAGACGAUGGUAAAAAUGAACGUUAUAUCGCAUUGUCGUGUUUUGAUGUAAGAGGACUUUGUAAUGAUAUAAUGCAUGGUGACGACGAAGGUGACUUAGAAUCUGGUGAUAAAUAUCUUCGUCCUCAAACGUGGGUUAUCUCUACUACUGAUUUAAAAGAAAUAUAUACUUCUUCGAUUGGUGGUGUUAUAAAAUUCCUUGAUAGUGAUGAUAGUCUGUUAAAAAACAAAACAGUAAUCAUUAUAGUUAAUGCAUCAGGAAUUUAUAAAGAAACCGUGAGUAAUCUUAAUCGCAAGCAAAGAUUUUUUUCACGAUCAUCUAAGAUUGAGCAAUUCGAAUUACCCUCAAUUCGCCUUCGUCUUUCACGUGAUCAUUGGCAAAAUUCAUUCGAACUUUUACACACAAGUAUUAUUAAAAAUUAUUUUAUGGUACAUUCUUUUGAAAAUCGACAGCAAAUAAUUGAAAUGUAUAGUUUAAUUACUGGUGAUCUAGAAAUGUUAUUUAAACGUCAUGAAUCUUCGUUGGCUCCAAAUACAAUUCAUGGACCUCCUAUCUUUGCCAUCUCUCAAAAUGACAUGAUUUUAGCAAUCUGUCGGGGAACUAGCAGCAUUACAUUAUACUUUAUGGAAAAUGGACUGGAAAUUACUACUAAACAAAUAAAGGGACAAAGAGGAGUUUAUAAAAUUGUUGCUAUAAAUUUUAUUGAUGACGAUCGUAAGCUUUUAAUAGUUCUUGAAGAAAAAGAUCACCAACGUGAAAAUUCUAAGCAUCAAAUAUUUGUAGUAUGGGACUUAUUUACCACAUUUGAAAAUUCCAUACGUCAAAUCAAUUAUUCCGAAACUUCAAACCCCCUAAAAAUGGAUGUCGCACAUAGAUUAAUGAAUUCUCACGGAAAUAUGUUUGUGAUUACAGAUAAUGGAGAUAUUUUUUCAGUGUUAGAUCAUAAAGAUGUGUCUUCUAUCAGAAACCCUACAACUCCUUCAGAAAAGAAAAUGACUGAGAUUGAUAUUGCGAGGGAUCAUGUUUAUCAUGCAAUUUACAAUAUAGAUGGAUCAGAUGCAUCAAAAUUAGCAAAUCGAAUAAUUAUAAAUAAUGUUGAACCGUGGCAUCCAAACAAAAGUUAUUUUCGAAUAUCGGUUUACUUGGAUUCUACUGAGAGUACGCAAUUGAUUAUUUCGAGUAACACUAUACAAGUAUGGAAAUAUCGUAAUACUAUAGAAAAGCGAGAUCGAGUAUUAGAAUACAUCCGGGCUCGAAUAUAUACGAUGGACGUUCAAGAACUAAGAAUUGGAGAACGAGAAUUUGUGUUAAAAGUUUCAGUAUCUUCUUCUACGCCACCUUCUACAUCACCUUCUUUUAAACCAACAAUAACAAUACAUUGGCCAAACAAUGUAAAUGUUCUUGAAGAGGCAUGUAUAGCCCUUUAUGUACUAGGAGAGAAGAAAAGUAUUGUAAUUGGUCAUGAAAAUGUUAGUCAAAUUACAUAUUUAAUUGAAUGUACACAAAGAUUAGUACGAAAAUUUAUUACAAAAUAUGGAAUAUUUAGAUUGACAAGUAUUAGAUAUCCAAUUAUGAAAUUUCUCAUUAAAAGUCAUCAAGAAAGUUUAAUAAGACAUAUUUUAAAAAAGAAAAUUAAUAAAAAAAAUAGUAACAUAUAUAUACCAAGAUUAUGUAAAUGGGGGGAAGAUAAUAAUGAAACUGAAAGAUCAAAGUCGGAUUUAGAUUAUACUAUUUUGUGUAUUCAAAAAAGGGGAGAUUCCAUACUAAUUUUAAAAUAUUUAAUAGAUUAUUAUGCUGAUAAUACUAAAGAAUAUAAUAAUCAUGGUUGGAUGUUUACUGUAAGCAAAGCAAUACCUUUAUUAUAUGAUAAUAAUUUAAGAGAAUUUGUUCAAUAUUUAUUUAAAAAACCAUGUUUUGGAACCACUGAAGCUUACACUCCACCAUUACGCAUAAACCCUCAAGAUCAAAAGAAAGGAAAUAAUGCAGCUGUGCUAUAUUCUUUGGCAGUGAAACCGUGUCUUGCAUCAAAGUUCCAUAAUUCUCGAUGGUUUUUCUUAAAAAAUCUAUUUACAAGUAGGAUUGAAACUUCACAUAAUGAUCGUAAAGUUUAUAUAGUCCCUUUGCCUGAUUUUACAGUAUAUCCUACCUCUCGCAAUCCCGAAGGUUAUGAAGUUUCAAAAUAUAGUUGGAUAUAUUCAUAUUGUUUGCUAAGUAGCGAAGUUAUUACUGAUACUAAAAUGAUGAGUCCUUUCCGUCGUGUUAUUCAUGAGGAGAAAGGUCAUGAAAUUUAUCAGACACCUCCAAUUAUGGCAGUCUUAGAUCUUAAAUGGUCAACUACUGCCCGUCGAUAUCAUAUUUUCCGUAUCAUGAUUUAUAUAUUAUACGCUUUUUCAGUUACUAUAUCAGUUAAUAAAUUUUUCAACAUAGUAUUUAUUAUUCUAAUGUUAUCAUUUGUUGUCAAGAUUGAUAGUGGUAGAGACAUGAAUAUUUAUCGGAUUUUUGAUCUAGUAUCAGUGUUUUUAUCGAUUGUAAGUACUCUUUUAACUUUUAGUGUAAAAGCCACUGAGAAAUAUUGUGACGCUGUUUCUGCGUUUACGCUUUUAACUAUAUGGCUUGAAGUGUUACUUCUAUUGAGAUAUUUUGAAGGUCCAGGACGUUUUGUUUAUAUAAUUAUAAGUAUUUUAAAUACUAUUUUGCCAUUUUUUGCAUUCAUGUUGAGUGCUGUAGUUGCAUUUGGUCUCGCUAUGUUCACUCUUCUGCACGAUGAAUUAAGCAUCCGAAUUCCCGCGUAUAAAAUUGAAGACAAUUCGGAUCCAGACUUAUACUCAAAUAUAAUAAUUAAACAGGAUAUCGAUGCAACUUCCCGACUUGAUAAUCGUUAUUCAAGUUUCAUCUCAUCAGUGGAAGCUGUAUUCUUUUGGACCAAUGGACGAUGGGAUCAAUUAGACCAAUGGGAUAAUUAUGCUUUAGAGAUAAUGAGUAUAAUUGGGAGUAUAAUAUUGGUAUUAAUUUUCCAAAAUAUUGGUGCAUUUGAUGAAGCAAAUAAAAAAAGUCGUAAAGCAGCUCGCAGAUAUCGUACUGAAUAUAUUGACUCUUCAGAAAGACCUUUUAGCAAAAAAAGUAAUCCCCGAUACAUUUAUUACAUACCUAAUCCCGAUAUGAUUAAUAAUUGUCUUGAGGAAACCAAAAAGUAUAAGGAGCCAAAAUCACAUAAUUCAUCUAAUUCAAAAAAACAUCUAUAUAUACCAAAUGAAGGUUCUUCAAGUAUUAAGGAUAUUGAACCCAGUAUAACCGAAUAUUGUGAUAAAAUUGAUAAAAUUGCAUUUAUCGAUGAAGAAGUUUUUAUAUUAAGAGUUACUUUCUCUAAAUAUAAAAAGAAACCAAACAGCAAUUUAUUAAAGAAUGAAUCAAGUAAUAACGAUCAUCCAGAUACCACUACAAAUAUUGAUGACCGAUUAUUGAUACAAAAAAGAUUUAAUAAUCUUGAGACAAGAUUUGAUAAGUUAGAACAAAAUUUAGAAACUAUAUUGAAAACCUUAAAUAACUUAAACAAUAAUGUUUCGUGA